AUGAAACAAAGAGUGGAAACAUACAGGGAGGACGAGGACGAAACGGAGAUGGAGCACUUGCCAAUUCCCAUGCACUAUGAGGGCCACUAUCAGCCUGGCCUGUACGACGUUAGUGGACCACCGCUUAAAUAUUUCAUGCCGUGGGCGACACUGGGGUUCUUCGUGGCCAGCAUCCUUAUGCCUGUGCUAGCUUUCACAUCGUCACAUUGCGAAGGGAAGCAUGAGAUGCUGGCCAAGUACCCAUACUGGUGGUGGUUUCCUUUCUUUAUAUGGGUGGCAAUCAUGAUGCUGCUUGAGUGGAAGUGCUUUACCUACGUUAUCGUUCCAUUGAUCGGGAUUUCAGGGCACAAGCGACUUUUGUCUUUCAAAGCAAGUUUCAGAUGGUGGACGCGCUGUUCGAUACUCUUGAGCCUCGUCAUGCAUUCCGAAGUCUGGUCACAGGGACUUCUAGCAGCCAGCGCGGUUCGGGCAUCUCUCGAUUGCAAAGGAUGGAAAGAAACACUUGAACCAGCGUGGUCAAAGGCUUGGAACGAUUCGAUGUGGGCAGGAUUUGAGCUAGGCGGAAAUUUGUUGGCUUUGGCAGGUCUUGCUUGGGGCUUCCUUGUGCUGCAGCUGGUUGUCUACGUCUUUAGGGCUGUUCCCAUGAAAGUGAUCCAAUGCAGGGGGGUGGAUUAUGGAUGUGGUACAGAACGGCACGGAUACAUCGUCCCUGUUUGCUGUAUGCGGGUUUGGCAUGCUGAUGCUCUGAAGACGUUGGCCAGUCUCAAUCGAAUGGUUUUGCUUCUGGACGGCCAGACUGAAUAUGCCAUCAAGCGUGCACAUUUCAAACUUAUCUCAGACCCAGGGCAAGCUCCUUACGACUUCUUCCACGUCUUGAAGAUGGACAUGCGCUUCAUGCUUUUUGAUGCAUUUUUCGUCAACCUGUUGCAAAAUUGCGCAAAACUCCAAUUCCAAACCAGCUACAUGGCCCUCCUGAUGUACGCAAACCUUGAUGCCAACCUUGAUGCCAAUGUGACCAUACUAUGGACGCUGCUUUCGUUGUCCCUGACCCACGUGACCUCCUUGGUUUCCGUAUCCCGGAAGGUGACAGAAUGGUUGAAGGUGCGCAACAGCAGAAUGUUGGUGCGCCAGGAGUUUCGGAGCCGCAUGGACGUUGCAGACUGGCGCGAGUAUGACAAACUUGUCUUCUUGCAGCGAGGUUAUGCAGUGGUGCUGACGCUUCAAUGUUUAUUCCAAUCCUUCUGCGCGAUCAAAUUCUGCAUGUCUCAAUGGUAUUGCGAAUCUCACCUUUGGAAUGUUUUUGAGGGUUGCGUUCAAGGCGGGGUGACAGCACAGUUUGGCACGGCUAUCGAAGUAUGGAGGCUGUUCGCUUUAGUUGUCGAAGUCUAG